AUGCUUGGCAUUUACCUGCUGUUCACGCAGGGCCUUCGAAUUGUGGCCUUUCUAGUCAACUGCAUUCUCUUCGUGCUCCGGGGCUUCAAGGGGCCGCGCUCGCAGCAGCAGGAGAUUUACACCCCCCGUGAGGCCACUGCUGGUGCUGCUGGGGACGGUGGGGAUGUGGGCGAUGCGGGGAAGAGAGAGGAGAGUGUGCGGCAGAAGUGGGGAGGGGACGAAUGA